AUGAAGCUAUCAACAAGCGCCAGGCAAAAGUCUUACCAGCAUCGCAAGCAGGUCAUACAGCAGUCUGCUUCUGGACACUUCAGACCUCAGUGUUGCCUUGCACCUCUCCAGGAUACCCAUCCGAUCAUGGAAAGAUUUAGUUGCGGAAUCACCGAUGAGAAGGAGGUGUUCAAUGACAAAUACGGUCCCGUGGGCCGUUACCAGGCAGACGACGAAGACGCCAGUCCAGAAGAAGGAUUCUUCCCCAAGAAAGCAUCCGACGUCGUCAACGCACCACACCUGAGCAACGCAAAGAAAUACCUUAUGUUCAAACUGAAGGAACCAAACCCGAAACACUCGCUAUUAAUGGCUCCUACACCCCGAGUUGAGAUAUUCAUUCACCGUCGUGACCUCCGACGGACAAUAUGA